CGCACAACACAGAAGAAGGUGCCAAACAAACAUGGUGGGAAGAGAAGAGGAAGCCAGCCCUGGUGUUAGCAGGUCAAAGAAUAAUUGUGAUUAUGCAGGGGGUACUGUGUCCCCGAAAUCACCUGAAGAUGAAAGCUCGGAGAGUCCUGCAUCUCAGUAUGCCCACGACCUCAAAAGCGCCCUGGUCACCAGUGUUUUAAACCUAGAAAAACUCGACGUAGACCUGUACAGAGGGACACACCACUGGGUGCCCCGCAGUCAGCGUUUGUUUGGAGGUCAAAUAGUCGGUCAGGCGCUUGUGGCUGCUGCCAAAUCUGUCAGCGAUAAUCUCUUUGCCCAUUCUCUCCACUGCUACUUUGUACGAGCAGGGGAUCCUAAGGUUCCAGUGCUGUACCAGGUGGACCGCACAAGAGAUGGUAACAGUUUCACAGUACGCUCUGUCAAGGCCAUCCAGCAUGGACAGCCUAUACUUAUCUUCCAAGCGUCCUUCCACAUGCUACAGCCGAGUCCCCUGCAGCACCAGUUCACCAUGCCAGUGGUUCCUCAGCCUGAAGACCUCCUCACUGUGGAGGAGCUUAUUCAUCUUUACCUCAGUAAACCAGACCUAGCAGAGAAUGCAAAACAAGGCCUUAACAAACUGCUGGCUAAUGAGGUCCCCAUUGAGAUAAAGCCAGUCAACCCACCACACUUUUACAGACAUGCUGCAACUGAGCCUAAGAAGCUGUUCUGGGUGCGAGCACGAGGAUAUAUUGGUGAAGGCAACAUGAAGCUGCAUUGCUGUGUUGCUGCUUAUGUAUCAGACUAUGCAUUCCUGGGCACAGCUUUGCUGCCUUACCCCAACUACAAGGCCAAGUUCUCGGCCUCCCUGGACCACGCCAUGUGGUUCCACAGCACUUUCCGUAGUGAUGAGUGGAUGUUAUACGAAUGUGAGAGCCCAUGGGCAGGGGGGAGCAGGGGACUGGUUCAAGGCCGAUUGUGGAGAAGAGAUGGGGUGCUGGCUGCCUCGUGUUCCCAGGAGGGUGUCCUAAGAGUGAAACCAGUCACAGAGCCCAGCAAACUAUAAGCACAUUCUUAAGAUUUUGUUUUUGGUUUUAUUUAUUUGUACUUGUAUUAAUGAUUGUUUUAUUGUUUAGGAACAUGAAAAGAUUUAUUUUAUUUCCAGUCUAUAAAAAAUUUAAAGGUUAUAAUGGAUUUAUACUUUGUCAUUUGUUAGAUGAGACAUGUUUAGUAUAUAGAAAAACGUUGCACAAAAGUGAUCCAUUACUUGCUUGAACUACUUGUUUCAACAUCAAGACUUGGCUGUCAUUUUUGAUGUGCCACAGUUCUGAAAUAUAAAGCAUGGGAUUUUGUUUGAUCACACUUUUGGAAAGGCAUCACACAAAUAUAAUGUUAAAAUUGUCAUUAUUAGUAGGCUAAUAAUGGAAAACCUGCUGGCCAGUGAGCUUAGUUCUGAAAAGCGGUGACCAAAAAAUUUUAAUAUAUUAAAGUUCCACAUAGUAGACGCUUAGAUGGCAUAACAUUUGUAUGCCUGUCUAGCACAUGAAACUACCAGCAGCUGUCCCAUGGGUUUUCUUAAUGGCAAGUAAAGAUAUGCCUGUUGAAGAGAAUAAAGCAAGUGAAUGGAAUAUAGAGUGGGACAGCCUGAUCCAGUGGAGAGUGAAAAAAGGGAAAUUAUUGUGGAAUAGAUAGACAGUCAAGGAAAUGAAUAUGGAAGACGAUUAGGGCCACAUGUGACAAUGCAACAGUCAGAAUUCAGUUUAAAGGUUAUAUUGAUAACAUUUUUAUGUAGAUGAAUAUUUAAAAAACUAAUAAUAUCCACAGAUCUUUUAGAAAGGUGCAGAAUAAAAGUAUCACUUUUCCUAAAAAAAAAAAAAUACAAUUGUGAAUUAAUCAUUUGACGAGUCCAAAAUGAAUGUUUAUAAUUCUGUGUGAGAUGUCUGAUGUUUGGGUCCUGCUUCUAAUAAGGCUUGUGAGCCAAUAGUAUAACGACGUUGGUAUCACGUGGUAUACGAACGGACACUGACAUUAGCUCAUAUUAGCUAUCAUAACUUAAUCAAGUGGAUGUGGGAUCCCAAUAUAUUACCAGUGUGUUAUGUCAAAGGUAAAUGUUCAGAAAUACUGUAAUUCUGCUCAUUAAUAGUGUUCAGACCCAAAACGUGACUGUUAUUGAGAAUGUCAUCUUGUAUAGCAGUCUAACGUUAGCCCUAUUAUGAGACACUUAGCUGAGAUACAUGUGGCUAGCUAGCCACGUAGCCAGCUGCACUGCAAUAAAUGCAGUACUCAUGUUAAUAUAAAAAUCGGAAAAUACUUCUAUGAUCAUACAGUCGUCAUUUCUCCCUGUAGCCAUUGUUACUGUGUGGCACUCAGCUGUUUUUUAUAAUCCACUAUGAGAUUUGUUGUCAGCAAGAAAACACUUUGUCUAAUGUUAGGUCAACACUAUGCCCUAGUUAGCAGUUAACUCAACUUUUACUGUAACUGUCUAAUGCCGAGCGCUGUGGGUUUUAAUAACAUUGGGAUUCAGGUAGGGUAGGUUUGGUUAUUAGCAAAAAUAUCAGAUAUUUCUGAAUAUUAAUAAAGUUAUUAAUAUGGAUUAAUAAUUACUACAAUAGAGAGGGGGGUGCAAGGAGGGCGACGACUUUCAGUGGGGAGAGAGUGAGGCUCUUUCUCUCCGUGAAGAAGCGGUAAAACUUGAAUCUUCCUUCUGCAGGUACGGGAUCGUUAAGAGAUAACAAUCAGGAUCCAACAAUGUGUUCAGCAAACACAAUGCAGUCUGUUGCUCGUCCGGCAAAUUGAGACUUUUCCUAGGGCGUUGAUGUUCAUGUGACGUGUCUCCUGAAACAACAAUGUAAAAACGUCAAGCAGCAUGGCGCUCUCGGCUUUAUGGAAGUGAUGAUGUCAUAGCUGUGCGCCAGGAUUCCCGGCGCUGUGGCUCAUCUAGUAGAAAUCCAGUGUUUGGAUUCAAGCUGAAAAAUCGCGUCUAGGUGUGAAUUAGCGUGUGGUGGUGACUUGUUGCCGUUUCACUCUUUGGCCUUUGUUUCCCAUUCAGUCCUCGGGUCAAGGCUUUGCCUUUCCGAACUAGGCUGCUGUCUUUUGUUCUCCACACGUGGUGCGGCCCAACAAUAGCAUCCCUACAAUGUACUGUACUGAUUGAUUGGAUUAAAAUGUAAAUAUUUACCUAAUGUCUUAUAGUGGAAGGAUGAUUAAAAUGUCAUGUUGCAAUAUAGGGCCCCUAUAAUUAUUAAAUGAUAGGGAAAAACGGUUACCUAAAACUAGCUAGCCAUAUCCUAAAGCCCAUGGCACACCAAACAAACAUUCUCCAACAAUAGGGAACAUUCUAAUGUUGUCAAAAAUGACCACAACCUUUGAAACUGAUGGCCUCUCUUUUUAGGAAACUCCGUUCACCGGCUGGUUCAGAGUUAAUCAGGAACGACUCAUGUAGUAAAGUGGUCAGUAUGAUCUAUUCACAGAUAUUCAUGAACUAAUCAUUACCUAAUGAUUCAUUACUGUAGGAUCUCUCAGUCUGUUCUCUAGUAACUCUUUAUCUACUAAAUAGUCCUCCAUUAGGAAUUAUUAGGGAAGUACUUAUUAACGAUUCAUCAAUAAUCAAGUCGUUCCUGAUUCUUUCCUCAUUAGUUUCUUAAUUAACUAAUCAUUAGCUACUCUAUAAAAUUUGAGAAGGAAUUACUCAUUAACUAAUGGUUCAUUAGCAGCUAAUUCCUCAUUCGUUCCUUAUUUGUUCCCUGGUAACUACUUUUGUGCCCCUUUUUGUAACCACUGUAAUAAUUGGUCAUAACACAUGUAGCCAAUUUUUCACUUGAACAUUAUGUUACUGUUAACCAUUAUUUAUAGCAUUUUUGUCAUUAGCUUAAGGUUGCUACAAUUUUGUACAGCUCACCCCACUAAGCAAUUUUCCAUUGAUUUGACGUCCAAGAGACGUUUAAAUGGUACAUAUCCGUCUAGUCUAAAAUGUGGUUAAAGUUUUAUAGACGUCUAACCAUAGUCUAGCCAUCAAUUUGACAGCUGUUAAACAAUUUUAAUGUGCAUGCGCGUUACACCAGUAAGUGCAAUUUCUUAUUUUACAUUAAUAUAAAGAACUUCUCCCAUUACAAUGACCUGGAAGCUUCUUGUUGGCAGCACACAGCCUAUAUAGUUCCAUAUUUAUAACAUUUUAUAUGAAACAUUAAAGGCAUUGAAAUUACGUCUUCACCUAGACCAAAAACUACAAUGAAACUAUUUUGUCUAGAAGUGGGCUACAAAUAGCCGGUCCAAUUGGGAGCUAAAUCACGGCUACGCAUAGACCAUGUCAAAGAAAUGAAACUACCCUAUUAGAUGUAUAUUAAUCGUGCAUUCAACGUAACAUUGCAUUGUGGCAUAAGUAAACAGAAUCUCUUUAUAUGAAAAUAAACAGUUAUACUGUAAACACGGGGUGUGCAGUGCUAAUGUUACAUAUUUACAGGUUUGUAUGCAUUUUCAAAAUAUGUAAUUAUGUUUUUAAAAUGUUGUCAAACUGGGCUAUACGUAGCCCAAAAAAUCCUGGUCUAUAUCAGAGCUAAAGCAGAGAUGCGAUGUUGACGUCUAUUGCUCCGUGGGAGAGUUCAAGUAACUAACGUGGAGCUAGCCCACUUCCAGUAGUCCCAAGUUUUUCAGCAAUCUCUUCGAUUGCUUUUAUCCAGCUGUUUCGGUUGGAAAAUUGCUGAGAUGACACAUCAUACAGCUCUUUUUUUCAUUGCAACAGCUCUACCAAGAGUUCCUAUCUUUCCAAGGUCCAAAACGAAGCCAUAUCAGAUAAAUCACCUCACCCAACACAAGAACGACAACAAAUACACAGCUGGUCCAGUGACUUUACUGCUAAUACGGAUGGAUACAUGUACUAUAUGUGUACUUUCGGGGUAAUUGUCCAUUUGAAAGCAUGGCAGAAUGACCACUAACUUCAUCAAACUGGGACAAACAGGGAUUGACCAUGUUGAAUCUGACCAAACAAGGACAGACUGCCAUGGCACACCAAACAAAUAUCUGUUUGUGUCUGUGUUUGUUGGAGAAUGUUUGAUUGGUGUGCCAUGGCCUUAAGAUUACCAUAGAUAACGUUACAUGAAACACCACCCCACAAAGUAACCUAAAUCUAUAGUUAAUGUAUAGCUAUAUGUUGCAAAAUUAAUUCAUUACUCUAUCCCGAAAGAUUUACUCACUCUGACCAGUUGCCAGUUCAUGCAGGUUGUGCAACGAACUGGCAACCACUGGAAUGGAAUGGAAGGCGGAGGGGGAGGGUGUCAUCUAGUGGCUGGAUGUUAUCAACAUUAUCAAUAGCACCUUUAAAGUCAGAAUUCUGGGUUUAAAGUCAGAAUUCUGACUUUAUUUACAUUCUGACUUUAAACUCAGAACUACAUUUUUCACAUGGCCCUAAUCUUCUCCUGUAAAAUUUACAACCUGAUCCACCAAUGGAAAAUGAAAUAAGUGCAAUCAUUGUAUAGCAGGACAGGAUAUAGCAGGAUAUCAUAUACCUAACCUGUCUUCUGUGUCAAUAUACUAACGUUGCAUGUUUAGACACAUUAUGCUGAUAUAUAGAGUAGAAUCCACCAGAGUAGGAGGGAAGUUUUGGGCUUGUGAAAGAAUAAACUCUAUUGCUUUGGA